AUGGCCUCAUUCCCUUUCGGUUUCAAUCCGACGUCGAGUAUGAAUCCUUACUUUGAGUAUAAUGCGACGGUUAUAGCCUGCCGCCCUCGUCUCAAGACCGAGAAGUCGAUCUUGCGCACAGAUAUCGAAGGGAAUGUGCUAUCAGAACUCCUUCAGGGAGAUCCUGAUUAUAACACCGAACAUCGACUAAAUCUAACGGAAUACACUCCGGGCUACUAUUCAAGCGGUUGCGGUUGGCCAAACUACAUGUACAAGAUCAUUCUCAACACCACUAAUAUGAUCAAUCCAGCAAAGCCAGUUCCAUCCGUGGAGCUCGCAGGCACAGCAGCCUCGCAAGCUUUCAGUCGACUCUUCGCUGCGCAGCUUUCUCUCGACAGGGAAUAUCUCCAACCCACAAGUGCGUCGUCGAAUGUUUCUCAUAGUGCAACCCUUUAUCAAACCGUCCGCCGGUUCCGCCUUUCCCGCCCGAUGUUCAUAAUAACCCAGACAAUCCUGAUACUGGACGUCUUCGUCCUUUUGAUAUUCAGGAUGACACUCCCAAGGCCGUUCCUUCCUCGGCAGCCUUUCACAAGUGCAUCUCAGAUUGCGUAUGCGGCCGCAUCUCAUGUCAUCGACGAUGUAGCUGCUGCUGUGAACAGGGCAGGCAACUACAGCACUUCAUCUGAUUUACAGAAGCAGUUCAAGGGGUAUCGAUUCGGGUAUGGCAAAUAUGUUGGGAAGGAUGGGAAGCCACAUAUCAGGAUCGAAAGGGAUCCUUUUGUGCAGGAGCUUAAAUAG